GGGCCCCCGGGCGAGAAGGGCGAGCCGGGCCGCCAAGGCCUGCCUGGCCCUCCCGGGGCGCCCGGCCUGAACGCGGCCGGGGCCAUCAGCGCCGCCACCUACAGCACGGUGCCCAAGAUCGCCUUCUACGCCGGCCUCAAGCGGCAGCACGAAGGCUACGAGGUGCUCAAGUUCGACGACGUGGUCACCAACCUCGGAAACCACUACGACCCCACCACGGGCAAGUUCACCUGCUCCAUCCCGGGCAUCUACUUUUUCACCUACCACGUCCUGAUGCGCGGAGGGGAUGGCACCAGCAUGUGGGCUGAUCUCUGCAAAAACAACCAGGUGCGUGCUAGUGCCAUUGCUCAAGAUGCUGAUCAGAAUUACGACUAUGCCAGUAAUAGUGUGGUUCUUCAUUUGGAGCCAGGAGACGAAGUCUACAUCAAAUUAGAUGGCGGGAAAGCCCAUGGAGGAAACAACAACAAAUACAGCACGUUUUCUGGAUUUAUUAUUUAUGCCGACUGAUAAUGCAGAAACUAAGUUUAUUAUUCUGAGUUUGAACACUGGAUUCAUAUGGCUAACGUCAGUGAAUCAAGGAUCCCAGGGGAUGCCAAUUGCAGGGCACCUCAGUUGUGUAUAUGUGGGGAAAUCAAAUGCUACCUGACUCACAUCUGUAUCACUCAGAAACAUUAUGUAAAAAAAUAUUAAAAGCAAGAUAAGCAGAUGUGUGAUCCACUACCGCCAAAGCAAAUACUCCUAUUGUUAGUGUCCAUGUGAAUGAAGUCCUAAAUAGAUCACAAAUUUUUAUAGAAAAAUCUAAGACACUGAAUUAUUUCUUCAAUAUAUAUGAUACUUUGGUGUACUGUGA